AUGUGCAACCGAAAGGCCAUGAUCACAAAUGGGGAUAUGUCAGAAGAAAUGCAACAGGACUCAGUGGAGUGUGCUACUCAGGCGCUGGAGAAAUACAACAUUGAGAAAGAUAUUACAGCUUAUAUCAAGAAGGAAUUUGACAAGAAGUACAAUCCUACCUGGCAUUGUGUCGUGGGGAGGAACUUCGGUAGCUACGUGACACAUGAAACCAAACACUUCAUCUACUUCUACCUGAGCCAAGUGGCCAUUCUUCUGUUCAAAUGGUUAAAAGCAUGGACUGAAAAGGCCGGGUGCAGUGGCUCACACCUGUAAUCCCAGCACUUCGGGAGGCCGAGGCAGGCAGAUCACCUGAGGUCAGGAGUUCAAGACCAGCCUGGCCAACAUGGUGAAACCCCAUCUCUACUAAAAAUACAAAAAUUAGCGGGGCAUGGUGGUGCACACCUGUAAUCCCAGCUGCUCGGGAGACUGAGGCAGGAGAAUUACUUUAACCUGGGAGUUGGAGGUUGCAUUGAGCUGAGAUCAGGCCAUUGCACUUCAACCUAGGCAAUAGAGUGAGACUGUCUCAUUAAAAAAAAAAAAAAGCAUGGACUAUUGUGCCACACACGCAGUGAUCCAUCCAAAAACAAGGACUGCAGCCUAAAUUCCAAAUACCAGAGACUGAAAUUUUCAGCCUUGCUAAGGGAACACCUUGAUGUUUGAACCUUUGUGUUUUGUACAGGGCAUUCUCUGUACUAGUUCAUUGUGGUUAUAAAACAAUUAGCAAAAUAAAAAGAAUAAUUCUAGGCCCAAGUUAUAUCCUCCAUGAUGACAUAUACCAUGUUUUCUCUGAUCUGUAUCCCAGUAAUAAGGAGUACGGUCAAUCCCUUCCUUUUUACAACCUGCAGGCAUUUCUUCAUUAUCCCAGAUACGUGUCAAGCCUCCCACAAUCUCACCAACAUUCAGCAUUAACAUGUUGACAGAUUUGGUAAGACAAGAAUGCUCAGGAUGUCCCUGCAUAUAGAAGGACUUGAUCACAGGAAAUCAACAUAGCAAGAUUGGUUCAUUAAUGGAGUUGUCGUCAGUCUCAGGAACUUUGGGGAUAUUUUCUCCAAAUUCCUAGGAAGUUCCAUAUCUUUUGUUUAUAUUGUGUUUUAGCCACACCAUAGCAUCUGUUUAAAAGGCCAUUUGGUGGGCUUAAAGUAUGGGUUCAGGUUAUAUAUUCAUUGCCAGUGACUUCAAGACUACCACAUCACAAGCCAAGUCCUCCAGUGGGUGCAGGAGGUCCUCAAAGACCAGCUUCCACAUGAGUAUAUUCAGCGGAGUGCCUUCAAAUUCUGGAUGCUCUGCCCUGUAUGACUACGCAAUACAAAAAUCAUCUGGGGCUGGAAUGCAUGUCUCCUUGUAGGACUAAAAAGAACUGAGUCAGAAAUGCCAGGCUAGCGCAGUAGCUCACGCCUGUAAUCCCAACACUUUGCGAGGCUGAGGUGGACGGAUCACCUGAGGUUGGGAUUUUGAGACCACCCUGACCAACAUGGAGAAACCCCGUCUCUACUAAAAAUACAAAAAAACUAGCCAAAUGUAGUGGCGCAUGCCUGUAAUCCCAGCUACUCAGGACACUGAGGCAGGAGAAUCACCUGAAUCUGGGAGGUGGAGGUUGUGGUAAGCCAAGAUUGCGCCAUUGCACUCCAGCCUGGGCAACAAGAGCAAAACCCCAUCUCACACAAACAAAAAAAUGCCUCUCCCUUGGGCUGAGCACAGUGGCUCACUCGUGUAAUCCCAGCACUUUGGAAGGCCGAGGCAGGUGAAUUGCUUGAACCCAGGAGUUCGAGACUGAUCAUGAUAGGAAGCAGAGAAACUCUAGGCAGACAGUGGCAGGUCCUUGAUGAAGCUCCACCCUCAAGCCGAAAAGUCUGAGACUGAGGCCCAAAGUGAGAACUUCCAUCCCUGUUUUCCCACUCAAAUGUUGCCUUUUCCUAAACUACCCAUGGCCCUGCCCCCUCAUCCUGUGCCUAUAAAUACCCAGACUCAUCCGGCAGAGAGGAGAAGCAGCUGGACAUGGGAGGGAAGUGGCUUGACUUCAGAGGAACAGCUUGAUGGUGUAAUUUCAGAGAAGAAUCUGGCUGAAGACGGCCGGACUUCAGGGGAAGAAUACCUACCCCCUACUCCCUUUUAGCUCUCCUUUCCACUGAGAGCGAUUUAGUCAGCAAUAAAAUCCAUGCAUUUACCAUCUUUCAA